AUGGAAGGAGAAAAGAAAAACGAGACGAUCAGAAAUGAAAUUAGUAUGGAAGAAGGAUCACAAGAGAAUGAAGAUCAAGAAGAAAGGAAGGAGACAUAUAGUGGUGCUAAAUGGAAGAUCAAGAAUGAAUAUCUUAAAGACAUUAAGAGGGAAAUAGAUAUAAAAGGUAGUUAUGGAAAAUUAUUUAAAAUAAGGAAGGAUGCAAUAAAGGAAGAUGUUAGAAGAAAGGUUUGCAAUAAAGAGAUUAGUAAGAGCGGAAGAGAUAGGAGCGAGGAAAACGAAAUGCAGGAAGUAGAAAUGAGGAAGAGCGAAGAGGAAGAAGAGGAAGAUAGAGCAGAAAAUAGGGAAAUAAGUAAGCAAACAACAGGAGACGAGGUAACCAAAAAAGUUAAUAAGAACAAAAUGAUUAGAUCAAAUGGUAGGUUAGUUUAUGAAGGUGAUUGCAGGAUAGAUGAUAAAGAUAGAACAAUCGAGAAGGAAAGAUUUAAAAUAAAUCAUAAAGAAGAAAUAGGAUUAGAAGCAGUAAUACAACAAAAAGGUAGGACAAAUAAUAAGGCCCACAACGUCACUAGGAUAGCAAUGUACAUGGUGAAAAAAGGAUAUAAGGUACAGGAUAUAGUCAGUAUAGGACAUAAUAAGGCUAUGGUUUAUUUUAGAAACAUAGAAGAGGCGAACAGAUGUUUGGAACAGGAAGAGAAGGGAAAGAGAGAAGACAAGAUGGUAAGCUUUUCAAUUCCUAACAGGUCAAAAAGGUGCAAGGGAGUGAUAUCCGACUGGGAUAAUGAAAUGUCUCUGAGGGAUUUAUAUGAAGCAAUUGAGGACAAAGAAAAGAUCUUACAAAUAGAAAGAAUGAAGAAGAGAAGAUACAACAAGGCUACAAAGGAAAUAACAGAGGAAUACCUACAUCAAGUAAUCAUAGCAUGGGAAGGAGGAGAAAGACCCAGAGAAAUAAGUUUAUGGCAAGGCCUAAUUAAAAUGAGAGUUAGAGCUUUUGUGGAAAAUGUAAUCCAAUGCUACAACUGUUAUGGAUUUGGCCAUAUAAAGGAAAGGUGUUUUAGAAAAAAGAUCUGUAUGAUAUGUGGGGAUUACUACCAUGAAAAAUGCGAGAGGAAAAUAGAAUGCAUUAAUUGUGGAGGAAACCACAGACCCACCGAUAAGAAAUGCCCAAUAUAUGAACAUAACUACCAGGUUAAAAAGGUAAUGGCAGAAAGAAAUAUGUCAUUCAUGGAAGCAAAAGAUGCUCUAAGAAAAGAAAAAGGACAGCAAAUUAGAAGAGGAGAUAUCCAGGAAGAAAGAUGGCCAGGAAUACCUAAGCCAGACGACAGAAGACCAAGUGUAUACUACGAAACGAAUAGACCAAAUGGAAGUGAAAAAGAAACAUAUGCACAAAUAGCGAAUAAGACAAGAAUAGAGAAGCCAAGGGAGGAAUACAGUAACAUAAAGUAUAGAAAGGAACUGGAAGAAGGAUAUAAGGAUAGAGAAAGAAAGAAAAUAAGAGAAGAAAGAGAAAGAGAAGGCAGGAAAGAAAAAACAGGAAUGAAAGACUGGCAUGGUUAUGAGAAUUGGAGAAUGGAAGAAAUUAGAAAGGAAAACUACGGAAUUGUAAUGAGAAAAUGCGAGAAAAAAAACUUGGAGGACAGGGAAAAAAGAGAGGAAGAGGAAAUCAUCCGAUGCUUACAUAUCAUAGAAGGAUGGGGAGAGGACAUACAAGAAAUGAAGAGAAAAAUCCAAAAAAUACUUGAAGGAAAUGUAAAGGAAAGACAAGAAGGAAGAGGAAGAGUGAGAAGUGUCAGAGAAAAAGACCAAUUUCAAAUAAGAGAGCUAUACAACAGAAGUGAACAUAAUGACUAUUAA